UGCGAAGACAACAACAUUCUGUACGGUUUGCUACGAUUGGUCAAGAUGGACGACGGCGGCGACUCGAAGCGCGUGAAGUUUGUCUUCAUCACGUGGGUCGGCGAGAGCGCGUCGCCGCUCAAGAAGGGGAAGGUCGCUCUUCACAAGAAGGACUGCGCGACUCUAUUUAAGGGCUUCCACAUUGAGAAGCAGGUGUACGAGAGGGAGGCCCUGGCGGGGCUGGAGAAGGAUAUCGACGACACGCUCAAGAUGGCGGGCGGUGCCAACUACGACAUGGGCAACAUCCGCAUGGGCGUGCAAGCCGGCAACGCCGACAGCUACAAGUCCUUGUCGAAGAAGUUUUUCCAGGAGAAGGAAGCAGAGACAAAUAUCAAGAACAUUGUGUACCACAAGGGUCCUCUGCAGAAGGCUGAUCCCACGCCUUCCCUCUCUUCAUCAACCGACUUCCUCUCCCCCCUCCCCGCCAACCCCCCAGCCACGCGCCUGUACCUGGAAAUUCUGUUCCUCGAGAACUCCCGCCCGCUGCACCGCGCGCUGCUCUCCGCGCUCGUGCGCAUCUUCUCUCUCCGCGGUGAUGGCGCAUCGGGGCGGGGCAAGGGGAAGGGCGGAGGCGGAGGAGGUGGAGCGCGGAAGGGGAAAACGGAGGGGAAGAAAAAGAAACGAAGGGGUGAACGGGAAGAGAGAGGUGCAAGUGCGGGGGGUAGCGAGGCAGAGAGGGGGUUUGGAAACGGAGGAGUGAGGAGGGGACGCUGGGAGGAGGAUGGGGGCAGUGUUGAAAGGAAAGCGAGGGCGAUAGUGGAGAGUGUUAUCGCGUUGUGCUGUAACGAGUACGGCGUUGGUGGCUCCAAGAGGCGGCAGUUCGCUGCAGCUGCAGCAGGGGCUUCCAUUACUGCCGCCCAGUUCCAGGCACCCUUUGACAGCUCAUGUCGCCUUGUGGCGCGACAGCUGGCGCACGUGCUGAGUGCAGACGUGGCAGCAGUGGUGGACCACAUGCAGCCACGUGGCAGCAGUGGGGACAGGUUGCUAAUGGGGAGCAGGAGCAGCACAUGCGAUGAUAAUGAGGGGGUCUCUGAUGCUGCUGGCAUGGCUGACGUCGGGCAAACAGCUGCUGAAGAAGCCUCGGAAGCAGGUUUGGGAGCAGGUUCUGGAGCAAGUUCGGAAGGGGGCGGGCACGUGGUACCAGCAAUGAUGGAGCUGUGUCAGGAGGCGCUGUCCACGCUCUACUACCUGCUGCAGCGCUACCCUCAACAGUUUGCUUCGCGCCCUUCCAGCACCCAAGGGCAAGGCGAGCUGAGAAGUCAAGGCGGCGAGAGGAAUGGGAGCGUUGAGAGCAGUGAGAGCAGUGAGAGCAACGGUAGUGUUGAGGGCAAGGGCGUGUGUGAGGAGCUGCUGUCAGUGCACGGCGCUGUAGUGAGAGUGCUGCAAACGGGGGUGCUUUCUAGAGACGCCACUGUAGCAGCUGCUGUAGCUCUGUGCGCCCUGCUGCCUCUCGUCCAAUCAAAAACGAGCUCGGGUGCAACAGCAGGGGAAGAGAAGGGCGAACAGGAAGAAGAGGAGCGGAAGGAAGGGCGGUUGGCUGUGGCUCUAGCACGCUCCUUCUUUGCCUCUCCUCCCUCUCCUGACUCCUCCGCCCCUUUUUCUGUGCUGCCAUCAGCUGCUGCCGCGAGUCCCACUCCCUCUGUGUCUGCAGCGCCAGCAGCAGGCAUAGCAGCGGCUGCAAGGGAGUUUGUGGACCCAUUGACAGUACUGGAUGCGCUUAUAGCGAGACAGGGGCUUGCAGCAGGGCAAUCGGGCACGUGGAUGGAUACAGGGAUGGGGAGGUUUCCUCUGUUCAGCCAACUGUGCUGCAUCCGAGGCAUGCUCACAGCUGUUCCCCGACAAGCCCUCACUCACCUCCUGCUGCUGCCCAUGCCCGUGCCCGUGCCUGCACAAGACGCAGCAGGUGCAGCAGCAGCAGCGGGAUUGCCAAACCACCAGGCAGUGGAGGUGCACUGCUGGUCGCUGCUCUUUGAUGGCCUGCUGCCCCGUGUCCUCUCCUUCUGUGAAGCUUCCUCCGACGCACACACCAAGUUCCACGCGCUCACCGCCCUCCAGAUAAGCCUCCACCAGAUCAAGACAAGCCUGCUGGACGGCACCUGCGCUGCCUCCCGUGCACUGUUCACCCGCCAGGUGGCUCGAAUUCGUGCCACGUGGCGAGCAGGGAUUGGCGGAGCGGAGGAGUCAGCAGCAGCAGCAGCAGUGAGAGGAGGUCAGGAGGCUGAUAAAAUUUCUCUUUGCCUAUUGGUGGAAAAGUUGAUGGAGGAUGGCAGUGUGCCAGCGUAUGAGGAGAUGCCACGUGGCAGUGUGGAUAGGAUCCUGGUUGCUGAUGCAGCAGCAACCCUUGCUGACGCAGUGGCAGGGGAAGGGACGGACCAGGAGGUUGGGUAUGGGGAGGGUGUGUCCCGCGUGGGCGGCGAGUUUCGGCGGUUUGCGGAGCAGUUGGCUCGGGAGGUGCUGGCGACGGGGGCGCACAGGAAGGGGCGGUACGUGCCCCUGGCGUCCCUUGCCCUUCGUCUGGGCGCUGCCCGGCUGCUGCUCAUGAGCAAACAGGGGCGCUCGGAGGGGGAUGAGGGUGAGAGGAGCGAGGGGAAUGAGAGGGAUGAGAGGGAGGGAGCAGCGGCGGGUAUGGACGGAGCAGCAAGGGCCGUGAGGUUUCCGGUGGGUGUGUUGGGCGACGCCCUGGCAGCCAUGGGCGAUGAGGGUGUGUGCUGCGCUGUUGCCUCCUUCCUCUCCCCCUUCCUCUCCCGCCUCCGUGAGGAGUGCUGGGCCGGCACAGCGGGAAUGGGAGAGGGACGGGAGGGAUGGGAGCGCGGAGGGGAGGGGGGAGGCGAUGUGGCGUGGCGGAGGGUGUGGAUGCCGGCGGUGCUGUGUGGACUGGUGGCGGGCCCAUCACUGCAUCGCACCAACGUGGCCACGUACGCCCUCCCCGUGCUGCUCUCCCUCGACUCCGCCUCCCUCUGGCCCCUCCUCUCCUUCCUCACCGCCCUGCCCCCAGGCAGCGAGGGAAGUGAGGGUAUUGAGUGUAGAGAUAGCAGAGAUGGCGGCGCAAUGGCAGUGUGGGAGCAGUGGCCCGAGCUGGCGGACGCGAGGGGGUGGCCGCAUGGGGAGUACCCGUGGGGGGCGAGUGUGGACGCGCGGGUGGGGGCGGUGGUGGCGCUGCUGCGCAUGGGGCGAGGCAUGGGUGUGUUAGAUGGGCCUCUGGAGGACGCUGGUAGGGGGGUAGGUGCACGCAGGGACGUGAAGGCGCGGAGGGUGGGAGACGGGGAUGAGGGGGAGGAGGAGGAGAGUGGGGAUGGCGAGACAGGGAGGAGGGGUGGAGAGGAGGUGGCGAGGAGGGAUUGGUCCGGCGGGCCGCAGACCGUGCUGACGUGGAUGCUGGAGCGGGCGACGUGGCACGCUGACGAGGCGGUGCGGGUGGACGUGGCAGAGCUGCUGUGCAUCUCGUUCCGCACCACGGCCAUGCCGUCCCCCCCCGAGCUGCACCUGCUGGGGCUGGCGUUCCCCCUCAACCUGCGCUGCUCCUCCCCCAACCUGCGCAUGCGCUGGUGCUCCAUCGUCCGCCGCUUCUUCUCCCGCGUGCGCGCUGCUGUGGAACGGCAGGAGAGGAUGGCUGCCGUCACCCGCCGCCAGAGAAUGGUUGCGCUGGGGGGAGGUGAAGCAGGGAAAGGAGGCGAUGCUCGGGGAGGAGGUGAGGAGCAGGAGGACGGGGAAAUGGAGGAGGGCGAAGAGGUGGAGAGGGAGGAGGGGGCGAGCGUGGGCGAGGUACAGGCGUUCAUGCAGUGGCUGACGGCGCUGCUCUUCUCGUCGCUGUACCCCUCCGCGCCGUACGAGCGCAAGAGCAUGGCGCUGGACACUCUCUCCGCCCUCAUGGACGUGUGGAGCCCGCAUCACUUCCUCCCCCCGCACACUGCCUCUACACCGCCCCCUCUCACCACCCCACACCUCCCAACCUUCUCCCCCUACCCACCUGGUGCGCUGGCCCCUGGCAGCACGCACCUGCUGCUGGCAGCAGCGGUGGACAGCUGGGACCGGCUGAGGGAGGCGGCGCUGGGGGUGCUGCUCAAGUACCCUGCUCCGCUGCCAGGGUUGGAGAGUGCAGGGCAGGUGGCGGAGGUGGUGGAGUGGGCGUGUGGGCUUGUGAUGAGCCCGCGGGUGAGGGAGAGUGAUGCGGGUGCGCUCGUGCUGAAGCUGGUAUUUAAAAAGUAUGUCAUGGAACUGGGGUGGCAGGUGAGGGUGUUCCCUGCUGUUACUGUCACGCCUCCUGCUCCUCCUCCUGCUGCUGCUGCUUCUGCUGCUGCCACUGACUGUGCUAUUGAGUCUGGGGGCAGCAGCAGCAGCGGGCAAGGGGCAGUGGUGGGGUACCUUGAGUCGCUGAGCGAGUGGCUGGCAGCGCUAGUGGAGGAGGGCGAGAGGGACAUGAUAGGCGCGUGCCGACACAGCCUCGUGCACGGCGUGCUGCUGCUGCUGCGAUACACGAUGGAGGAAGUUGACUGGGCUGAAGCAUCCCUGUGUCAUGCUGCUGCUGCUGCUGAUGUUGAUGGUGGUGAUGCUGAUGCAGCAGGGGGCAUGCGGGGGGUGCUGCCGCGGGUCCUGGCGCUGGUGCUGCGGGUGACGGGGCUGGCGCUGUGGGUGGUGGCGGCAGAUGGGUUGCGUGUGGACGUGGGGGAGGGGGGCAGACUGCGCGUGAGUGACAAAGAUGCACAGGGAGGGACCACUGUCGCAUGCAGUGACGGGCGAGAGGGGGACGAGGAAGAGGAGGAAGAAGGUGAAGAUGGGGAGGCAGAAGGCAGCGAUGCCAAUGGUGCUCUCGGUGAUGCUCAUGCUGUUGAUAACGAUGAUGCUGCUGACUAUGCUGCUGCUGAUGAGGAUGAUGUGAUGGGAGCGGAGGUGGGUGAUGGCAGGGGGCAGCAGCUGGCGCCAGUGGAGCAGAUGGUGAUGGUGGCGUGCUGGCUCUCCAUGAAGGAGGUCUCUCUGCUCCUCGGCACCCUCGCCCGCUCCGUGCCGCUGCAGGCUCAUGUGGGGGCAGGCGAGGAGGAGGUGGAUGGGGAGGAGGGAGGGCGGGAGACGGGGAGGAGGGGAGAGGGAGGGGAAGUAGAGGGCGGGGGGGAACUGCUGGACGCUGCGCAGCUCAAGGUAUGUGCGAGCCUGCACCUGGAAGGAAGUGUAUGUGCUUGCAGUGCAGCGUAUGAGCGGGUGGUGCAGCAUUGGAGCGGGUGGUGCAGCCAAGUGGGGGAUCACUUCGUCUCCCUCCUCCUGGCCAUGAAGCACAACGGGGCCGUUGACAAGACGCGAGCCGGCUUCAUAGCCCUCACAGACCGUCUGCUGCGCUGCCCCUCGCCCGCCCUCAACGCCCUCCCGCGCCUCUGGCUCGCCACGCUGCAGCGCCGCCUCACUGCACCGCACCAGACCCUCACGGACCUCAUCCGCCGCUCUGCCGGGCUGCCCGCUGCGUUCCUGGGUCUGUUUCUGGGCGAGCCCCAGGGGGCGCCCAAGGUGCUGCUGCCCCGUGCUGUGGCGUGGCUGCUGGAGGUGGUGAAGGGCGCGGAGAGGGGUGCGGAGGGGAUGGGGGAUGGCGUGGAUGGAGGAGGGGGAGGAGGGGGUGGCGGAGAGGAGUGGAUAGGUGGGCGAGCAGAGCAGGCAGUAGACGUGUGUGCUGCGCUGAUUUCCAAGGUGGGCGAGCAAGGAGCAGCAGCAGCGACAUCAGCACCAGGGGUACAAGCAGCAACAACAGCACCGGCACUAUCCCUGAAAGCACGCGAGGAGGGAGUGGUGGCAGCGGUGCACGCAUGGAACGUGCUGCGCCUGGCCUUCCACGACACGCACCUCGCUGCCGACACCUCCGCCUUCUGCUCCCCCGCCCUCCAAGCCGCCGUCGCCGCCGCGCGCUCCCCCCACUGGGAGGUGCGCAACGCAGGCGGGCUGUGCCUGGUGGCGCUGCUGCACCGCAUGCUGGGCUUUAAGAACGUACCCCGGGCCGGGCGGCCGUGGGCUCGGGAGCAGGUGGUGUGCAAGCAGACAGCUCGGCAGAGCAUGACAGCGGUGGAGUUCUUCCUGCGCUACCCUGACCUGCACGCCUUCUUCCUGCAACACCUCCGAGAGGCCUCAGCCGCCUUCCUCCUCCCUGCUCACAACUGCCCUGCUGGGCAGACCCCUGCUGAUCUACCCCACCCGCCUGCUGACCAUGCCCCCUCCUCCACCGCCACUGCCAGUACCACCGCCACUGCCAGUGCCACCGCCACUGCCAGUGCCACCGCCGCCACAUCCGCUUCUUCUUCCUCCUCCCAGCCGCUGCACCCUGCACUGGCCCCCGCGCUCAUCCUUCUGUCGCGCCUCAAGCCCUCCACCCUCACCUCCCCCUCGCCCUCCUCCUUCCUUUCCCCCGCCGCCUUUGUGCCGGCCGUCUCGCUCUGCGCCGCCCACCCCCGCAUGCACGUCCGAGAGCUUGCCGCCCGCGCGCUCGUGCCCAUCGUGGCCUCCACGGAAGUUUCCGGGAUGCUGCUGAAGCUGGCUCGCAAUCUGCCUGAGGAGUGGGGAAGGAGGGGUGGGAUGGGUGGGAUGAUUGGAAUGAUUGGAAUUGCGGAUGGAACAAGUGACAAGGCACGGAGGGGCUUUAGGUGCAGGUAUGGGGUACAAUGCGGUUCAUGGUGUGCUGCUGCACAUGCGCCACCUGCUUGCUGCCUACUGGGUUGUCGGCAGCACCAGCAGCAGCAGCAGCAACAGCAGCAGCAGCAGCAGCAGCAGCAGCAGCAGCAGCAGCAGCAGCAGCAGGGGGGAGGGGAGGGGAGCAGCAGGGCAGCAGACAUGCAAGAGGUGGUGCAGGCGCUGCAGCAGCGGCGGUGGUUGGGCGACCCUUACGCCUGCUGCUGCCCUACAGUGGUCGCCGAGUAUCUCACCGUCUCCCACCUCGUCCUCUCCUCCGCCCUCCACUCCUCCCCUCCCCUCUCCACCCUCCUCUCCUCCGCCCUCCACUCCUCCACCUCCCUGUCCUCCCCUCCCCUCUCCACCCCUCUCCCCACCGCCCCUCACCCCUCCGCACCCCCGCUCACCCCAAUGGUUCGAGCCACAGCAGCCGCCUUCCUGCCGCUUGCUCUGCGGGCCUUCUCCUUCCACCCGCCUCUCCGCUUCACCAUCCAGGACCCCACAGCACUCGCCCUCAGGCAAACCGCCACAUCACUGCUGCUCUCCCCAGAAGCUGUGUGCCUGGCGGGCCGAGGCCUUUGGGAGGGGCUGGGUGCGGUGGAGGGGGAUACGAGGGGAGAAGCAGGGGUGUGCAGCCGUACAGGUGUGUUGUGGGAGGUGGUGCUAGCAGCAGUACAAGACCCCUGUCGGGACGUGCAACUCUCGGCUCUCCGCUCUCUCUCCCACCUCCUCGCCUCCCCUCGCUUGCUCGCGCCGCUGCUGCCACCACUCCACACCGCGUCACACCGCAGCGGCAGCAGCAGCAGCGAGGCUGGCAGUGCUGCUGGCAGAAGCGGCGGAGUGGAGGCAGUGCUGCUGGCAGUGGUGCAGGGGGUGCAGCAGGAGAGGCAGGCAAAGGGGCGGGACGAGAUGAGGUGUCGGCGGCUGCUCAAGGUGCUGCUGCCAGCGCUCUCCCUGCCCUCCCUGCAGCCCCUGCUGCUGCCCCUGCUGCCCCACGCCCUGCUGCCCCAAGCCUUGCUGCCUGCGGAAGCAGCACUGGCAGGGACAGCAGAGCCGAGACAACCCGGGGGCUCCCCCCAUGUGCCUGACAGCACUGGAGUUGGCAGCGAUGGGAGCGGGUGUGCGGAGCUGUGGGCGGUGGUGCUGGAGGUAUUUGAGACGGCGCGCGUGCUGAAAACGAGGGAGGUGGCGCUGAGGUGCCUGGGGCGCUGCUUCCGCCUGCUGCUCUCCCAGCAGCAGCAGCAGCAGCAGCAGGACGCAAAGAGGUCAAUGGAGCGGGUGUUGACUUCAGGACACUUCUCGCUGGGCCAGGGCAGGGGUACGGGGAACCUGCUGCAGCUUGCUGCCACGUGGCUGCAGCUGAUUGGCGAGCAGAGCGCGGCGCACCGGCCGGUAAGUGUGCGGCGGGCGGCAGCAGAGGCAGUGGUGUCGUCAGGACUGCUGCUGGAGGUGGGUGGAGUGGGGCACGUGCUGCGCUGUGAAGCAACGGGUGUGGAGGGAGACGAAGGAGAGGAGGGUGCGGACGGAGGGGAGGGUGCGGACGGAGGGGAGGGUGCGGACGGAGGGGAGGGUGCGGACGGAGGGGAGGGUGCGGACGGAGGGGAGGGUGCGGACGGAGGGGAGGGUGGGGACGGAGGGGAGGGUGCGGUGAUGGAGUAUGCGAGGGUGGUGCUACGCGCAUGGCUGACAGUGAUUCGAGUGAUGGAGGAUGAGGACGAGACGCUCCGCAAGUCCCUCGCUACUGCCGUCCUCACCAUCACCGCCACCACUGCCGCACACUCACACGCACCAUCCCCUACAGCAGCAGUAUUGUCGGCCUUUGUGCCGGCGCAGGUGGAGCGGGCAGUGGAGGCAGCACUGGCGCACGUGUCUGUCUGCCUGCGCACCUGCCCGCCCUCCCUGCUGCCCGCACACCUGGCGGCCUGGGUGCUGCACCCGGACUUGGUCUCCCCCUCGGGCUUUCAGCGCCUCACUGCAUUGGAUCGCCUGGAAGAUGAGUCGGUGGGUGAGGUUGAUGAGGAUGAGGAGGAGGAGCAUGUGGAGGAGAGUGCAGCGGAGAGUGAGAGGAGGUAUGGGGAAACAAGAACAAGUGCAGAAACAGCAGCAGCAACAGGAGGAGCAGCAAGAGCAGUGCGGGCGGUGCCAGGGUUUGUGCGCAAGCUGUUUGACAGAGAGGUGGAUAACCACCAUGAGGAGCCGCUGCUGCUCGCUCACCUCUGCUGCCUGCACCUGCACCACGCGCUGCAGCUCUGCCCGCCCUCCCCCGCGCUCCUCAUAACAAUCACCACCUGGAAACUGGUAUUUGCAAGAAGGUUUUUCACCGAGGCUGCCCAAGCUGCCCGGCUGUGCAAGUCGAUGAAAUGGGUGGGCGGGCCGACGUUUCACCAGGACUCUUUUUCUGCCCUGAUCCGCCCGCUGCUGGGGUUGUGGGUGCUUAGCAAAGUGUCGUUCUCAGGAGCUGGGCGUGUUGAGUGUCUCCCACUGGGUUGGAGAAAUAAGAGCCGAGCGGAGAGCGAAAAGCUGUUCUCUGAGAGCAGCAGUGGGGAUGGGAGUGAGUGCGCGGCAGCAGCAAGUGCAUUGCAAGCAGCAGGCAAGGAUGUGCAGAGGACAAGGAAGCUGAUCCAGGCAGCUGCGAGGAAGCUGCAGGAGAUGCCUGUGAAUCCCAUCCUGCAGAGUGUGCUCUCAGAUGUGAUGCAGGCGAAUGCUGAUCAUGUUAAUCAUGAUGGUGCUGGGGAGCGGGAUAGGAAGGAUGUGCUGUGGUGUGACCCGCUUUUCCUCUUGCAUGCACAGUCCUACGGCAUGGAUGGCGUAGCGGUGAUCACGCUGGGCGGCAAGGUGCAGCACGGGCUGAAACACGUGGAGGUGUUCAUGAUGACGUUCGCACCUGGUGCCAAGACCCCCAUUCACUCGCACCCGCAGGAGGAGGUGGUGGUGUUCACGCGCGGGGAGGGCAAGGUGUUGGUGGUGGAGGAGAAGAAGACAGAGCCGUCAUCGCAUGCAGUCAAGCGCAACACCACCGUCACCUUCCAACCCAAGGCCCUGCACCAGAUUGUGAACGAUGGCAAGGAGGAGCUGCAGCUGAUAGCGUCGUACUCAAAGCCGCCGCACAAGAUGUCGGUGCAUGCCACCUGGCAGACCCCCCGCAAGGAUGCUGAGAGCGCCGGCCGUGCGGCGUGGGAUGCGUGCGUGGUGCGAGAGGGCGAGGGGGGUGAGGGGGUGGAGGGGGAGAGAGGGGAGUUGGACAGGAAGCAAGGGGGUGCUGAGUCAGCUGCCAGCGGGGAGGCUGCUGCUAGUGGGGAGGCUGGUGCUGGUGCAGCAGCUGGAGGGAAUGUGGUGGUGGAAGAUGUGACAGUGAGGGCAGAGGAGGAGGAGCUGAGAAGGGACUCAGAGGGAGAGGGUGGAAGAGGGGAGGAGGUAGCAGGGUCCUCACAGGAGGUGAAGGAUGAGCUGUAG